AUGAGAUCGACCUCCGUCGUUGGACUCUGCCUUCUGUCGGUGUUGUGUUGUAAGUGUUUUUGGAGACCUUAGGUUUUUGACAUCUGACAUUUUGCAGUUGCGGAAGGACAUCAUCAUGGGCCUCCUCCUUCUGGAUCCCCUCCUUCUCCUCCCCCAGGCUUUACUGGCUCGCCGCCGCCUCAUCAUGGGCAUCGAAAGCAAAGAAGCGUAAACGGUCAUCCACCCCCACCACCUCCGCCUUCUGGCUCCCCUCCUUCUCCUCCUCCAGGAUUCAGUGGGUCACCACCACCACCUCCACCACCAUUUGUUCAACGGGCAGUAAGAAGUGUUGAACACCAAGGACCUCCUGGGCCACCUCCUUCUGGAUCCCCUCCUUCUCCUCCUCCAGGCUUCAGUGGAUCUCCACCACCACCUCCACCACCAUUUGUUCAACGGGCAGUAAGAAGUGUUGAACACCGUGGACCUCCUGGGCCACCUCCUUCUGGAUCCCCUCCCUCUCCUCCUCCAGGAUUCAGUGGAUCCCCACCACCACCACCUCCACCAUUUGGCCACCGGGCAGUCAGAAGUGUUGAAAACCGUGGGCCCCCUCCCUCUGGAUCCCCUCCUUCUCCUCCUCCAGGAUUCAGUGGAUCCCCACCACCACCUCAUCAUGAACAUCGUAAGCCAAGAAGCGUGAACGGUCACCAACCACCACCUCCUCCUUCUGGAUCCCCUCCCUCUCCUCCUCCAGGAUUCAGUGGAUCCCCACCACCACCUCCACCACCAUUUGUUCAACGGGCAGUAAGAAGUGUUGAACACCGUGGACCUCCUGGGCCACCUCCUUCUGGAUCCCCUCCCUCUCCUCCUCCAGGAUUCAGUGGAUCCCCACCACCACCACCAAGCUUUUGA